UCGUUUAUUAUCGAGUUUAUUUACCUACUUUAUCGUUCAUUGUGUCGUGUUGGUAUUUUUCUUUAAAAUGAUAAACUUUCGCUCUUUGCAUAUUGAACAUUAUUAAGCAUAAUAUUAUAUUAAAUAUUUUAAUUUUGAUGUGAUCACAAAUAAUUGUUUAUGUACGGUCGGAAUUGUUUUGUCUAGUCGUACCUAACCGGUGUGGAUUGUUUCACAUGAUCGCAUUAUUAUUUAUGUAGUCUAACAUGUCCAUUCGUACAUAGAUGUUUUAUAAUGUCUUGUGUUAGUGGACUACCAAAAAAUUACAAUGGCCAAAACACUGCAAUCAGCCAGAAACAAAAUGUGGUAAUACCACCUAAGUAUCAACCACCACCAAGUCCUAAUCGUCAAUAUAAUGUACAACUAAGCAAUUAUCCGCCAACCAAUAUUGACAGGAGGCAACAAGGUGAAAAGCCAUAUGCUAAUACUGCCGAAAAUCAUAGAUAUAGAACUUUGCCUGGAGAGCAACCAUCGGAUAUGCUGAAGUUUGUACGAAAAAUAGAUUCGGACAAUUCAAACAAAAUAUCCCCAGAUCAGGUAGGGCAGUUGAUGUCAGAAAUCAAUAGCUUAAAAGAAGUGAAUCAAAGACUGAAUGACGAAAAUCAAGAGUUACGAGAUUUAUGUUGCUUUUUGGAUGAUGAUAGACAAAAAGGACGAAAACUAGCAAGAGAAUGGCAGAGAUUUGGAAGAUAUACAGCUUCUGUUAUGAGACAAGAAGUUGCUGCAUAUCAGGUGAAAUUAAGACAUCUUGAGGCCAAACAGCAGCAUCUCAUUGAAGACAACAUCGAACUUAAGGAGUUAUGUUUAUACUUGGAUGAAGAACGAAGUGGUCCGAACAGAUUAAGGGACAACUCUAUAUGUAGAGUUUGUGGAAAUUCUACAGGUUCUGGAAAUAUACCUGAAGAACUGCAUAGAAGAGAUGAAGGUGAUGGAAGUAGCUCUUCGACAAAUGCUGAUGAAAAUAUGAUAACUGGUAAUCAGAGUCAAGGCUCAUAUCAUAGACAAUUACAUCAGUCAAAUGAUCAAAAUUUACCUCCAGAUCAAAGAUCAUUGAAUUAUAUUAGACAACUUGAAGCCAAGGUUAAAGAGUUAGAAGAAGAAAAAACUAAACUAUCUAAAAAGAUGAUACAAGAAGAAAAAAUUGAUCAAAAAAUCAAUAACUGGAAUACUGAUGGUUCUUUUCCGAAAAUGACACAUCCUGAAUCGGUUUUGACUGCACUUCAAGUAUUGGAGCUACGUGAACAAUUAGAAGGCAAAGGUGAUGAGACCUGUAGUGGUGUAGAUAUGGAAGAUGAAGAAAAGGCGUUACUUAGAGAAAUGUGCAAUGUGGUAUGGCGAAAACUGGAAGAUGCUUAAUAAUUUGCAAGACAUUGCCACAGUGGAUUAAUAUCUUGGAUUCAUAAUAAGUAAUAACUAUGAUCAAAAUCAUUUAAUUGAGAUUAAGCUUUUAUGGUUUUUAAAAUAAUUUUUAUUAUUUAGUAUUAAUAUUUAAUACAAUAAUACAUGUACUAUUAAAUGUUGUUAAGUGAAGUAUUUUGUAACAAAAACUUAAAUAUCAAUCCUAUCUUGUAUUUUUAUAAUUUUAUCUAACAAAAAGUAGUUUUUUUUUUUAUAUAAUUUGUACAUUUUUGGUUUUAAUCAUAUAUUUCAUAUUAUAUACAUAUUUCAAAGUUAAAAUUCAUCUAUAUAAUUGAUACUAGAUUAGGUUUAAACUAGUAGUACUUAGAUUAAUAUUAUUAAUACGAUUUGUAUUAAGUAAUAAAUAACAUUAAAUUAUUUAAUUUUCUCUUAAACACUAUACAAAUUGAAUAGAUGAUUUAACUACUCUAAUACUUAAUUUUAUUUUAUUAUUUAUAGUACAUUUUAUAAUGUUCAAAUGCUUUUCAUAAUUGAUUACAUUUUGUGAAGUAUAUAACAUUUUAUCUAUUCAAUUCAUUGACUGAUUAACAAGACCACCAAAAAUCAGUUUCCUUUUUCAAAAUAAAUCCAUUACUGAAUAGAGA